GAAGAUAAAAAAUGAUAUUAUUAUAUCAGCUUAUCAACAGUGAAAGUUACUCGUCUAUUUGAGUCCAAAAUUCCAGGUUAUUUGUAUUUGAAAAUAAAUAUGAUAAGUAUAGAUAGAUAUUCUAUAUCAAGUACAUCGAGUAACCUCGAUUUAUUUCAAUACAAAUUUCAAAAAUUUUUUAAUUAUAUUAUAAUAUAUUAUAAAAUAUUAAAAAAUAUUCAUUGCUAAUAAUUAUUUAUAUCAAACAUAUUAUAAAUCAUAAUAGAUUUUACGAUAUGAAUAUAAUUUCUAUCUAUUUUAUUAUUCUUUUCCUAUAUAUUUCAAAAAAAUAUUCAUAUUCUGUAUAAUAAACAUAAAAUAAUAUAUAUAUUUUGAUAAGAUAUUAAAAUUAUAAGAUAUUGUAACUUGAAGUUCAUUCUAAAAAAAUUUCCUAUAUGAAAGAAGAGCAUAAUAACAUGGUUUCGCAUAUUUUUUGAUUUUUAUAUUAUAAAUUUUAUUUAAUUUCAAUAUUUUCCAAACUAAAAAUUUUUCAAUAUAAAUAAAUAGUACUUUUUUAAAAAAUAAACUAUAUUGAUAAGUACAAUUAUUAUUUUUUUGUAUUAUAUUAUAUUAUGUUAUAAUUCUAUUUAAAAUAUUAAAAUUGACUUUCAUAUAAUUUCUAUAUAAUUUUAUAUAUUCAUAUAGUUUCUAUAUAUGUGAAAUAUUACUAAUAUUAUAUAAUAAUAUAUCAAACAAUUUUUUAAAACAUUUUUUAAAUAUUGAAUGCAUUAAUUAAUUAUUGUAUCAUUUAUAUUUUUCAAAAUAUUGAAUGAAUCAUAAUAAAUUGGAUAUAUUGAACAUAUUUAUAUUCUUUUCUUUUUUCAGUUUCAAUUACAUAAUAAUUAUAUUAAAAUAAAAAACACGUUUAUAUAUAAAUUCUGUAGUUUAAUAUUAUUAAAUAUAAAAACAUUAUCAAAGUAUUAUAAAAAUAUUAUAUAUUUUAAUUAUUACAAUCUAUAAUCUCUUCAUAUAAAAAAAAUUAUUUUAAAAUUUAUAUUGUAAAUAUUUAUUUGUAAAUUUAUAAUGUUAAAACAAUUCAGUGAUUCUCUAGUAAAUAUAAACUAAUAAUAAUAAUAAAUAAUAAAUAAUUGAAAAUAUAUAUAUUUAUGAUUUUUCUCAAAAUUAUAUCUAUAAUAAUCUAUAUAAAUUACCAACUAAUUUUUCCCGCCAAAUUUAUCAACACGCCAUAAAAGUUCGUAGCAUUGGUAUGAUUCAAACGAGUUUUAUUCGUUUCUAAUACUUCAAAUGUACAUAUUUACUUUGUAUGAAAAAUUGAUUUAUCAAUUAAAUUUUUAACAUGAGUGAAAAUGAUUAUGAUGAAUUACGUAAAAGAAAUAUAGCCGAAAGAAAUGCUGUCUUUGCAGAAUUUUUUAAAGAUCUUAAAAAACAAAAAGACGAAGUAAGAGAAUUGGAUAAAAAAUAUAAAGAUGUAGAAAAUUCAGAGAAUGAACCACCUAAAAAAAGACGUAAAACUAUUUCUAAUUCAAUUGAUAAUACUGUUAGAAUUAAGAAUGUAAAACUUGAAUUUCGUAAAAGAUAUAACACCAGAAGUAGAACAAGGAAUCAAAUUAAACACGAUAUUUCAGAAUAUGAGGAAGAUUUAAUUAAAUCCAGAAACAAUAAACCUAAAUUGCAAGUUUUAUUUCCAUGGGCAAAACCUUUUCAACGAUCGAUUGAUUUAAUGAAAAUAGGAGUUUGUGAUGUAGACGAAGAGGAAGAACAGUAUAAUAGUGAUGAUUUAUAUGACAUAACUAAAAAACGAGUUUAUAAUGUAAAUAAAAGUCCAUAUGAUCCUGACAAUAUACCAUCCGUUGAUGAAAUUACGGAUGAAAUGUUAAAUAAUAUUGCGGAAAAAAGUUCUUCGAAACAAUAUUGUAAAAUAAAUGGAACUUGUUGUCAUCAAUGUAGACAAAAAACAUUGGAUACAAAAACGGUAUGUCGUUCAGGAGAAUGUGUAGGACUAAGAGGCCAAUUUUGUGGACCUUGUUUAAAAGGACGAUAUGGUGAAAAUGCUGUUGACGCAUUGAAGGAUCCUAAUUGGGCUUGUCCACCUUGUCGUGGUUUAUGUAAUUGCAGUAUUUGUAGAACAAGAAAUGGUUUACCACCUACUGGAAUUUUAGCUCCUCUGGCACAAGAAGAAGGAUAUUCGUCUGUUAUGGAUUAUCUUCAAUCUGCUGAAAUCAAUGAUACUUAACUUCAUUAUUAAGAAAUUUACAUCUAGAAGAUAAUAAAGUUCACUCUUAAUAAAUAUUUUUUAUUAGGAAAUGAAUAACAUUUAAAUUACUUACAUUAUUAAUUGUAUAUGAAGUUUUUUUAUAAGCAUAUUAAAAUUAUUCUUCCUAUAUUGA